UCCAGUCCUCCUUUUUUUUUUUUUCACUGUUUUUCUGUUGUCUUUUACGUUUGUGGUUGCCGUCGUUGGACUAAAACAACCCACACUCAAGAAGAAGGAAGGUUGCUCAUACAACCCAAAACAAAAACUUCAAGGCGCGCUCGACUCAAAAAAAAAAACACAACAUCAACAAAACAACACAUGCAAGGCUUUACCUUUGCUCGCCUACGACGAUCCCGGUCAUUGCUGACCGCCGUUGUCGCCAUCAUCCUGUUUGUCAUUUACUACUUGCUGAGCACACGGUCAUGGGCCUGGUACAAUCACGUCGAACCAAAUACUCAGAUUGUCUGCGACAUGACGGAUGAAGACUACGAAUCACUGAUGGACAUGGGCGAGCGCCUGAUUCGCAUUUUUGACAAGUUGCACAUCAAGUACUGGCUCGUCUACGGCUCGCACAUUGGCGCUCUCCGAUACCAGGGGCCCAUUCCAUGGGACACGGACAUUGAUCUCGGCAUUGAGUGGGAAACCCUCAAGCCGCACUAUCCCGAUGCCUUCUUUGCGGCAUGCAGGGCAGAAGGCUUGAGGGUUGACUACCGCGGCUGGGGCGGAUUUUUCCGCAUCGAGAACGACCGCUCUCGAUCCGAUCUCAUGCUGUUUACCGACUACUGGGGGAACGGAUGGAUGAAUCGCAUGGGCAUCGAGUCGUGGCUCUUCUUUAUCAACUACUGGACGUACCACAUCUUCCCCGCAGCUCUGGUUCGCGACCCUCUGCCCGAGUACAAGUUUGGCCGUCUGCAGAUGACAAGCACCCACGAUGGCAUCCAGGUGCUCAAGUAUCACUAUCCCCACGACUGGGAACGGGAAGUUCGUCCCACUGGUUGUGAGAACGCUGUGAUUCGCAAGCGAAAUUGAGCUUGGAGGACCAAGUUCCAACCACCCCCCCAUCUAUUACCUUCCUAAUUGUUGCGUCUUAAGCUUUCUUCCGGCUCCAACUCCGUUCCAAUGAACCGGGCCACUGAGUUUCACCCCCCCCCCUGCUAUUUGUUUUCCGUAAUUAGUUGAAUCUUUCUGUCGUGUGUGAAUUCUUGUCAUGAACGCGCUGUCCUGGUUGACAGUGCCUCGUGUACAACACAAUCCAGUCAAAUUUUUUUUGUGUAAAGUAUGGAUC